GAUGCUAUAUGAUGAUAGGAAUAUUGAUCAUGUUUAAUAUAUCACACUUGUAUCACAUAAAUCUGCGAAGAAUAAUUUUAAUAAAGACUUUAUAACAAAAUGUAUAAAGAUUGUAAACAAACAAACAAAAAAAUCUAUAUUAUAGUUACCAGUUACAGUAUUACUUUUUGUCAUUUCUGAAGUGUUACAUGAGAUAUGAUGUGUAAUUUUAAGUUUUGGUGGUUACAAUAAGAAUAUGAGGCUUAAAAGAUACUAUCACAGUUAUAAUUUUAUUAUAAACUAUUAAAUUUUUAGGACUAAUACAGCACCAUUCACGGGUCCAUACGUGCCAAUGACCAGGGCUUCUGCAUUAAAAGUUCGGAGGACCCCUUCAAUUUUCGUCAAUGGGGUCCCCUCCAAAGCUGGGCGAAGAACAGGGACCCCUUAAAAAUCUGAAGAAGGGGUCCCCGGGACCCCAAAGAAUGGGUGGUUUUCACGUGACGUCAUCAGUUUUUGCGAGCUGCUUCAGCGGCCAUUUUGAUUACCCUACCGAAGCAGUGGUUACUGAAGCUUGCUAGCAACUGAUCGGUUAUCAUGGUCGUCUGCGGUAUAAAAGGAUGCGGAAACAAGCCCUGCAGUAAACGAAAUGUUCCUCUAGAUGUAUCUUUUCAUAGGAUACCCAAAAUUAUUUUGAACCAAGGCGACGAAACAAGAAUACUUACAGAAGAACGACGGAUCGUCUGUGGAAGGCUUUACCGAAAGGAUAUUACAACAGAAGAGAAGUGGAACAAAAUACUUAUCUGUUCGAAACACUUUGUUGGCGGAAAGCCAGCCUAUGUGAAUUUCCGGAACAGCCCUUCCUGGCUUCCCACUCUACACUUGGGACAUGAACGAUCAAGUACUUGCUCAGAAGCUGAGACUUCGAAAAACAGCAAACCUGACCUUGCCCAACAUUCGACCUAAAAAGAAGAAGUGCUCUGUGAAGUUGGGCAUCAGAACACUGGCCUGAGGAUUGGGAUAGAGCAAGCGAUCAGCCGUAUACAUGAAGAAGCCUCGAUUGGGA